AUGCUAGUGAAGGCCAUGGGCUUGAUUGACAGGCGGCAUCACUGUCCACAUCUCCCUACAAAGAUUUAUGAAAAAACUGAGAAACCAUGUCUUCUCUCCGAGUACACCGAGAAUUAUCCGAUCUACGAGUCUUACCUGCCCAGAGAUUCCUUCAAGCCCCAGGGGGUAUACAAGAAAGGAUCCAUUCCAAUGGAAGGCCUGACCACAUCCAGGAGAGAUUUUGGGCUUCACAAAAUGCCACCCGUGAAAUUCCACCAGCCUGACCCAUACAUUCCAAGCCAAGAGAAUAUGGAUUUACUCACAACAUAUAAACACGAUUUUAACUACCUCCCUGUCUGUCAAGUUGGCCUGGUCAAACCUCGGGACAGUAAAUUCCUGCACGGUGACAAGAUACAGUAUCUGCCUACUUACAAAG